AACUGCUCCAAUGUCCUGCGAAGAAAAGAUGGACGAGAGACACAAGUCGGAGUCGACGAACCGCCGUCCAUCGCGGCUAGCCGAUACAACCAGUUGGACGUUGGAAGUUUGCAAGCUAGCUCCGGCUAGCUAACCUUUCGGAGCGAACCGUGGCAUGACAGGACGACUCGGAGGCGAACCCGUCGACCUCUCGAAACAUGUGGCUCAAACCCGAAGAGAUCCUGCUGAAAAACGCCUUGAAACUGUGGGUGACCGAGAAGCACAACGAGUACUUCGUGCUUCAAAGGAGGAGAGGAUCCGGUGAGGGCGGAGGCGGCUUGACAGGUCGCCUGGUGGGAACGCUGGACGCGGUGCUGGACUCCACAUCCAAAGUUGCGCCUUUCCGCAUACUGCACCACACGCCGGACUCGCAGGUGUACUGGUCCAUAGCGUGCGGCGUCACCAAGGAGGAGAUUGGCCAGCACUGGGAUUGGCUGCUGCAAAAUGUCAUGCGGACGCUUUCUGUGUUUGACUCCAGCGAGGACAUCACCAGCUUCGUGCAGGGGAAGAUCAGAGGUCUGAUUGCCGAAGAAGGCAAGACGUCCCACGUGCUGGAGGACGAUCCCGAGAAGUUCAGGGAGGCGCACUUGCGGUUCGAGAACUGGUUUUCCCUCCCGCCUGAGGAGAAACUGGUCACGUACUAUGCUUGCACUUACUGGAAAGGCAAAGUGCCCUGCCAGGGUUGGCUCUACCUCAGCACCAACUUCCUCUGCUUCUACUCGUACCUGCUGGGGGCUGAAGUGAAAUUAGUCAUCUCGUGGGACGAGAUCUGGCGACUGGAGAAAACCUCCAACGUGAUCCUGACCGAGAGCGUCCACGUGGUGGCUCGCGGGGAGGACCACUACUUCUCCAUGCUGCUGCACCUCAACGAAACGUUCGUCAUCAUGGAGCAGCUGGCCGACUACACCAUUAAGCGCCUUUUUGACAAGGAGGCCUUCGAAGGAGAGGGCGCACUCUCGGACCCGCUGCACGUUACCAAGAGAGGCCUAGAGGCUCACGCUAAGAGUGAGCAGUUCCGGACAUUUUUCAGGCUUCCCAAAGAGGAAAAUCUGUUAGAAGUGCACGAGAGUUUCCUGUGGGUGCCUUUCAGCCAUUUAAAUACUCUUGGCAAAAUCUGCCUAUCUGAGAACUACUUGUGUUUUGCCAGCCAGGAUGGGAGCCAAUGUCACGUCAUCGUUCCAAUGCGUGAGGUGGUAAAUGUGGAGAAGCCCGAUUCCGGCAGCCAUGCCGUGACGGUGUCCGUGCGCGGGAAAAGGGCGCUCCGCCUCACCGAGGUGCGGGACUACCGGCGUCUGGCGACGACCAUCCGCGACAGGUGCGGGAUCGGCGCCAGCCCUCAGCACUCCGCCUCAGCAGAGGUCAUCCGAGGCGAAUGUCAGUCGCUCAUCAACCACUUUGAAGACAACCCGGAGGACGUGACGCUCAUGGUGGGCCAGAGGGACGGCGGCAAGGCAGUGAGCACCGAGGCGCUCAUGACGGUUUUCCACCCGCAGGAUGUCGAAAACCUGGACCCCAAAAUGCUUAAAGAGAAGAUGAAAGAACAAUCAUGGAACAUCCAUUUUUCCGAGUACGGACGCGGCACGUGCAUGCUCUUCACCAGGAAGACGCGCGACUUGAUCGUCCGUGGAGUCCCGGAAGCCUUGAGAGGGGAACUCUGGAUGCUUUUCUCGGGAGCCGUAAACGACAUGGCCGCUCGGCCCGGCUACUACGCGGAGCUGGUGGAUCAGUCUCUGGGCACCAGCACGUUGGCGACGGAAGAGAUCGAGCGAGACCUCCAUCGCUCGCUGCCCGAUCAUCCGGCCUUUCAGAGCGACACCGGGAUCUCCGCCCUGCGCAGAGUCCUCACCGCCUACGCUUACAGAAACCCUAAAAUUGGCUACUGCCAGGCCAUGAACAUUCUCACCUCGGUGUUGCUGCUCUACGCCAAGGAGGAGGAAGCCUUUUGGCUGCUGGUGGCCGUCUGCGAGAGGAUGUUACCGGAUUAUUUCAACCGGAGAAUUAUAGGGGCUUUGGUGGACCAGGCCGUUUUCGAGGAUCUGAUCCGGGAGAACCUCCCCCAGCUGGUGGAGAACAUGACGGACCUGAGUUUCUUCUCGUCCGUUUCCCUGUCCUGGUUCCUCACGCUGUUCAUCAGCGUGCUGCCCAUCGAGAGCGCCGUCAACGUGGUGGACUGCUUCUUCUACGACGGCAUCAAAGCGAUCCUGCAGCUGGGCCUGGCCGUGCUGGAUUACAACGUGGACGCUCUGAUCGGCUGCCACGACGACGCCGAGGCUGUCACCGUGCUCAACAAAUUUUUUGAGAGCGUGACAAACAAAGACAGCCCGUUGCCGCCGACCGUGCAGCAAGCCCCCGUGGGCAACAACGCUAACUCAGCCCACUCAAACGUGGACAUAAGCGAACUGAUCCGGGAAUCCUACGAGAAAUACGGCCACGUUCGCUCAGAGGAGGUGGAGAGUUCGCGGAAGAGAAACAAGCUUUUUGUCAUCCAAACACUGGAGGACACGACCAAGCAGAACGUCAUCCGCGUGGUGUCCCAAGAGGUCCAAUUGACUGCGGGCCAGCUCGACGAGCUUUACAAUUUGUUCAAAAGGCAGCAUUUUCUCAGUUGCUACUGGACAAUGAAGAGUCCGGCGCUGCUCCACCACGACCCGAGUCUGGCCUACCUGGAGCAGUAUCAGCUGGGCUUCCAGCAGUUCAGCGUGCUCUUCUCCCUGCUGGAGCCUUGGGCUUUUUGCACCAACGGGAGCACACUUUCGCGAUGGGUUUUCCGUUUAAUCGACGAGAACCAAGACGGCCUGGUCAACUUUAAAGAGUUCAGCUGUGCCCUCGAUAAUUUGUACUGCGGCUCUUUCACAAAGAAGUUAAAGUUCCUCUUCAAGCUGCACCUACCACCAGCCUUCACAGGAAGUCCUUUACACCUUCAGGAACAAAAGGUCCCAAACUUUUUCCCGGCGACCGACGGCUGCCCUCACUUGAGUAGAAUUCCGGACUUUGAUCUUCCGGAGGAUGGCGUGAUUAAGAAAAGCCCCGAGAGAGGUCGAGGCAAAGUGGACCUGCAGGCCUACCUGAAACAAUGGCAGAACGAAAUCCUGAGGAAAGAGGAAAGCAUCAAGGACCUUCCCAGAAUUAAUCAGGCUCAGUUCAUUCAGUUCUCCAAGACCCUGUACAACAUUUUCCACGGCGACGCAGCGGAGGAGUCGCUGUACCGCGCCGUGGCCCGGGUGACCGGCCUCCUCCUGCUGAUGGAGGAGGCGGGACGCAGGCUGCAGGAGGCCGGCGGCCCGUCCGGCGCCGGCCCCCGGGAAACCGGAGCCGAGCCCCCCGAGGCGGACUGGUCCUUCUCGUUCGAGCAGAUCCUCGCCUCGCUGCUCAACGAGCCGGCCGUCGUCGGCUUCUUCGAGAGACGCGUCGACGUCGACGAGAAAGUGUCCCGAGCCCAAGCGGCCCAGCUGAAGCUAACGGGAAAUAGCAAGUGAUCGGACAUAUUCAAAAUAAUAAUGACGGACGAGGCUUGAAAAGGGCCGAGGCGCCAAAUCCUUUCAAGGUGCACGCGGCUUUUCAAAGUCUGACAUUCGUGCUUCGCUCAGCGGUUUUGGCCUCCAUCCUCGGCGGUUUCCCCAUUUCUGCAUCGCGUCUUUCUUUCGCCGCCGACUUUUGCUUUCGAGCGGCCUCCGCACAGUUCACGCUUCUGGGCGACGUGACGUAUCCGUGCUUUUCCUGUCAAGUUGUUCGGAGGAGGCUCAUCUGGUCACUCGUUCUAAGCCGUAGUCCCCUGACGUUUUGGUCUCACCAAAGUGGACUCUGCGUCGCGGGACAGGCGCCGCUCGUGAACGCCAUCGAAGGAUUUCCUGGGAGGUUUUGAUCCCAUCUCAGGGUGCUUUCCACUGUUUUAUCGUAGUUUUGAAGUUCCCCAAGAUUGCUGUAGCGCAGCAAUAUGACGCUGCCCUGCCUCGGACGACAUGCAAAGCACACGUGUUGCUUUCUGUUAGCGCUUGUGGCACGUUAUCGGCGGAUGGCGUCCCGGUCCAAAAGCCUCCUUGUAGCUUUUCAUCUUUUUUUUUUUUGUCGGAUUGUUCCAAAAGGGAUUGGAGAGCUGCUGAUUACUUGUACGUGUUCUAGCAUUUAACCUUUGUAUUCUGUACUGCAGUUGUUAGUGCAAACCAGCAUCAGAAGUUAAUUUCAAGUUUCAUGUCAAAGUAAAUAAUGCAACACGUAGACGACUGACGGCGUCAGGAAUUGAAGCCGAAAGCCGUGCGCGUUAUUUCCUGAUGCAUUGAAAGAGUGAAGAUACGACAGAUAAACUUGAGCCUCAUUGAUAAAAUAUGUAUUGAUCUGAUUGAAAAGAUACGGAAUGGUAUAGUAUUAAAUGUAUUUUUGUUAUACAACUGUCCCUGAUGAGAAUUGAAUGAAUUAUUUUGAAAGCGCGCUCAAAUAUAAGAAUUGAAAUGCAAAGCCGACAAUUUGCAAGCAAGCAAGCUCGCUCCGUGUGUGAGAUUUUAAUGUUUGAAUUUCCGUUUGAUAGACAGUCGCACAUUUCACCGGAAUCGCGUCAUCUUUUUGUUCGGGAAGUAGUCGGGAAUUUAUUGGAGACAAUUUCAUGUGACUGCUCUGUUGUGAUUUUAUGAUUUGAAUUCCAUAAAGCUGGAUUUCUAAAUCCGAGCGAGUGUGGGACUAUUUGAUUCCUCAAGUCAUUGAACUGUGCAGCAUUCUUACAUAUACUUUUUUUUUUUUUUUGUUAUUAAUAUAAUGAUCGUUGUUUGAAAGUAAUAAAGAUUGCUCGUUCUUGGGUC